GUUGUUGUCGUCGUUGUUGUCGUCGUCGUCGUCGGCCCAGGCCCUGUCGCGACACAGGCAGGGAUGGAGCACAUCCGCACCACCAAGGUGGAGCAGGUGCGGCUGCUGGACCGGUUCAGCAGCAGCAGCAAGUCCUUAACGGGGACGCUGUACCUCACGGCCACCCACCUGCUCUUCAUAGACUCGCUCCAGAAGGAAACCUGGAUCUUGCACCACCACAUCGCGGCCGUGGAGAAGCUUGCCCUGACCACAUCCGGCUGUCCUCUGGUGAUCCAGUGCAAGAACUUCAGGGUCGUGCACUUUGUGGUCCCCCGGGAGCGAGACUGCCACGACAUCUACAACUCCUUGCUGCAGCUCUCACGACGAGUUGCCUACGAUGAGCUGUAUGCGUUUUCUUACAACCCCAAGCAAAAUGAGUGCGAGCGGGUGCAGGGCUGGCAGCUGGUUGCCCUGGCUGCCGAAUACCAGCGGAUGGGGGUGCCCAACUCCAACUGGCAGCUGUCGGACGCCAACCGGGACUAUAAGAUCUGCGAGACCUACCCCAGAGAGCUCUACGUUCCCAGGAUCGCAAGCACGCCUAUCAUCGUCGGCAGCUCUAAGUUCCGGAGCAAAGGCAGAUUCCCGGUGCUGUCGUAUUACCACUCGGAAAAAGAGGCGGCCAUUUGCAGGUGCAGCCAGCCCUUGUCAGGGUUCAGUGCCCGGUGCCUGGAGGACGAGCACAUGCUUCAAGCCAUCAGCAAAGCCAACCCGGUCAACCGCUACAUGUACGUCAUGGACACCAGGCCCAAGCGUCCCGAGCAGAGCUGGAAGGCAACCCAAACGAACAUUGGCAGAGUUCUAGUGAGAAUCUCCUCAAAAAUCUGGACAGAUGAGAAAAAGAGAGAGAGCGAUGAGAGAGCACAAGCGAGCAGUUCUGAGCCCAGUAACGUUUCCAGGCAGUUUUAUGGCAAGCUGAAUGCCAUAGCCAAUAGAGCUGCUGGGAAAGGCUACGAAAAUGAAGACAAUUACUCCAACAUCAGAUUCCAGUUUGUUGGAAUUGAAAACAUUCACGUAAUGAGGUCCAGCUUGCAGAAACUUUUGGAAGUCAGUGGUACAAGGGCCCUGUCCGUCAACGAUUUCUUCUCGGGUUUGGAAAGCUCUGGGUGGCUCCGCCAUAUUAAAGCCGUCUUGGAUGCUGCGAUAUUCCUAGCCAAAGCGAUAACCGUGGAAAACGCAAGCGUGCUGGUCCACUGCUCCGACGGCUGGGACCGCACCGCGCAAGUUUGUUCCCUUGGCUCCCUCCUGCUCGACUCCUACUACCGGACGGUCCGAGGAUUCAUGGUUUUGAUAGAGAAGGACUGGAUCUCCUUUGGACAUAAGUUUUCCGACAGGUGUGGCCAGCUGGGCGGCGAUCCCAAGGAAAUCUCGCCGGUCUUCACCCAGUUCCUGGAGUGCGUGUGGCACCUGAGCGAGCAGUUCCCGCAAGCGUUCGAGUUCAACGAGGCGUUUCUCCUGCAGAUCCACGAACACGUCCACUCGUGCCAGUUUGGGAACUUCCUCGGGAAUCACCAGAAAGAAAGAGAAGAUCUCAAGUUGAGAGAGAAGACGUAUUCCCUGUGGCCUUUCCUGUUGGAAGACCAGAAGAAGUACCUGAAUCCCCUGUACCGUCCAGAGCCUCGGAGGUUCGUGGCCUUGGAGCCCAGCACGGUGCCUUUCCACCUGAAGUUCUGGAGAAGUAUGUACCAUCAGUUCGAUCGAACGAUGCACCCCCGGCAGUGCGUGUACAAUCUGAUUAUGAGAAAGAAGGAGCAGAACCAGCAGUUGGAAAAGGAGAUUCGAGAGCUGGAAGCUAAAAUCAAGCAGACAAAAACGAGACGCGUGGACGAGGCCCCCACCAAGGAGUGUCUCCCCCCGGGCCAACCCACGGCCCAGCCGGGCCCGAGACCGUCCCCGUGCUUCCGGAAGGAGCACCGCCUGGGGCCCGCGAGCAGCGGCGACAAGGCCAUCGACUGCAGCGACCCGCCCGACAACCGCUACCGGGACUUAGCCGAGGAGUUCUCCAAGGCGGAUCCUGCCAUCGUCGGCUUGGAAUGUGGCGUGGCCAGGAUGGCCUGCUAGCGGCCACAGCGAGCGACGGACACUGUCCCGCUCGGGCCGAGGCCGGGGUUUCUGAGGGCGGCGUGGGCCCCGUGGCCCAACCCCAGUGCGUCUCAUCGGCCCGCUUUGCUAGAGUUGCCAAGAGCAGCCUGCCCACAACCCGGUGGGGGACGGGGGGACGGAUCGGGAAGCGCUCCUCCCUCCUCCUUCUUCCCCCACCACCAUCUUCCCACUGCCCCCACUCUCCCUCUCUCUGUCCUGAGGGAAUUGGCCAGGUUGGUGACAGUCUGGGAUCUGUACUGGUAAAGAGAAGUGAGGCCUGGGGGAGGAUUUCAUCCAAUAAAGUUUGCACUACACACUUGAACACAGACUUCAUUUUGGUGUAUGCAUUCACUGCAACCAAACAGGAACAAACCCCUCCGCAGCUAAUUUUGGUUGGGCAGAAAUGACAAAAUGAGCUUGUAAUUGUUUGGGAAGAGCUACGUGCCCAUCCUCAACACGGUGUAUGCCGGCCAGCUCAUCAGAGGAGGAUGGAGGGUUAAGUGCUGUAAAAAUGUGUUUUUCAGGCUCAGCCGUAAAGUAAAUUUCAACCCGAAGCUUUCCUCCUCGCUCUCGCAGCCUGAAAAGGGACUUUUUUUUUUUUUUGCCCCUCUCAGAGUUGGCUUUUUAGGUCUUUAAAGGACAGGUCUCCGAAUUAGGAAGCGGAGCUGGAGUUGCCGGCAGUAGCCCCGUGGGACUACUGAGGUAGCAAGAAUGAGAAACCGUCAGUCAAUGGCAAUAGUCCCACCUUGGGACUUUAGAGCCAUUUUGUCACUUGCUGCCUAACCAGGCUGGGACCCAGGACGUUCCCAAGGGUCAGGGAUGUGCACAACUUCCUUAAGACUCGUGUGUUUCCAGUGAGGGCAUUUUACCCAUUGUUAGCAUGUCCCGUUGGCCGCCUGGCAGGAUGUAAAGCGUAAAAGCUGUAGUACGCUUUAUCCUUUGAAGGCGGUGAUUUCUAGUAUUUCUAAUAUGAAAGCGUAUUAGAAAUGAGUUAGGAAAUAAUGUUCUCUCCCUGCCGCCCAUGCAGUAGUCUCCCAGUUUCACUAAGGAAUGAGAAAAGCCGGUAGCUUGGUCUCUGCUUGGCUGCAGAGAUUUUAAAGAAAAGAUCCUCUCAGGCCAGAAAGAAAUUUUUAUGGUGGGCUGAUUAGAAAGGAAAAAGGUUAGCGUUUUAACGAACGUCUUUUGCAAAAGGUUUCAUUCGCCACUUAACUUUCUAACUUAGCCAGUAGGUAAGACACACAUUUUUGUAAGUCACCUCUGCCCGUGCCCAGCCUCUGCGCGUCAUCCGUGUGUCUGCCAGGCUGUUUUUCGGUAAUGCUGAGUCGGGAUGGGGAAACUAGUUUUUGCUUUUAAAACCGAAUCCCCAAAGGGUGGGCGCCUUUUUUUGAGGGGACGUAUAAGCACAAAAAAAGCCAGGGUCGGGGUUAAUGCGUUCAAUUGGGUUUUGCCAUACUUGAUAACCGAGUGUGGGCGCCCAUCUUUAUCCUCAUCCGUGUUUGGUUCACGUCAGAAAGCCUCAUAAUUCGGGCCAUGGUCUCUGUUUGGUAGAAGUUUAAUGUUGGACCGGCCCAGAAGGCUCAAAUCCCUCGUGGAGUGGGCUAGUGGGGAGAGCCGUCUUCUCGGCCUCGGGCUCUCUGUGUUUCCCAGAUGAUCGUCUCGUCAGACACGUCCCGCCGCCACUUACGUUUUUAAAGAGAAAUCUGCCUCAGUGGCCACGAAAGUUCAAUCCCUUUAUCCCUCAAACGUCUUUGUUGUGCAUAUUAUCAAGAAAGCUCCCUUCAGAAACAGUUGCCCGGUUGUACUGCUUGUGAAGUCGGUAUUUUUCCAGAUGUGCGAUCCUGUCUUUAAGCAUUAGAAGACGGAGUGUUUGUGUUUUUGUGUCUGCAGGUUUGCAGCAAAGCCAAGCUUUUGUGCCUUGUUGGUUCUGGGAGCUAACCAGUAGAAUAUGGAAACUUCCCGGGCAGGUUUAUCGUGUUCAUCCCUUGGGUUGCAUUUGUUCUGUAUCCAUCUUACACACAGGCACACACCCACGUACGCACGUACACAAAAUACGGAAGCUAUUAGAGGUUCAGAAUCUCCCACAGGGUAGAAGAGAGCCAAACCCAACUGUACGUCUUGUAAAAUUGUCUCUCUGUUCGGUGUGAGGAUAUAUGAAAUGUAUAUUUUUUUUGUUUAUUUUAUUUUGAGCUAAUUCAGUAUGUAGGCUUUAUUUUGGAUGCUUUUGGGAAACUGUCAACCCUUUUCUUAAGUUAAUUAUUUAAAUAAAUCUUUGCUGCAGUAAAA